AUGGUAGAGACACGUCAGACAUCACGCCGUCCUGCACCAACUCCUGAGGGCCAUGUGGAGACCAUCAACGAAACUACGGAUCGCAGAACCCCCCCUCCUCCUCCCCAACACCCUCCUCCCCCGACUCCUCAACCACAACCACCCCGCUCACCGGAACCCGCAGCCAUUACCCCGCAUGCGGCCCACGAGGCACUCUGCCGCUUGGAGGCUCGCAUCCGGGCAAUGGAAGAGGACAACGGGGUUGGGCGAGGGCAUGCCCGUAGUAUGCGGAUCCGAGACGCUAAGGAAGAGAUUCACAUGCUCCGCGCCCGCCUCCGACAACUGGAGGAGCAGGAAACUCGAUCGCGCCCCCCGCCGGCGUUUUCACAAGAAGAGGAGACGACCGGGGGCCCGACCCAACCCCCCUAUUACCAGGAAGCCCGUCGCAGGGCACCCGCGGCCGAACGAGUGGCUAGCCAUACACCACGGAGACGUUACUCUCCCCGCCCCGACCCGGGACCAGACGUACAACCGCCCCAGGUCCAGCAACGCGCUUGUCACUUACCCAGCGCCGAUCGGAGGCCCCCUAUCCCCUGA